AUGUCUGAAACUUCUCCUGCUGUAGUUAUUGAUAAUGGAUCUGGAAGAUGCAAAGCUGGUAUAGCUGGCGAUGAUGCUCCUAGAACUGAUUUUCCUUCAAUAGUUGGUAGACCAAAAUAUUUAAAUACAACUUUUGAAUAAAAGGAAAUCUACAUUGGAGAUGAAGCUUUAGCUAAAAAAGGUGUAUUGAAUUUAUAAUAUCCUAUUGAGCAUGGUGUAGUUACUAACUACGAUGAUAUGGAAUAAAUAUGGCAACAUUGUUUCUAUAAUGAACUAAGAAUUGAUCCAUCCGAACAUCCAUGCAUGUUGACUGAAGCUCCCAUGAAUCCUAAGUAAAACAGAGAAAAAAUGGCAAGGACUAUGUUUGAAACAUUCAAUGUCCCUUCAUUUUAUGUAUAAAUUUAAGCUGUCUUAUCUUUGUAUUCUGCUGGUAGAGUUACAGGUAUUGUUGUAGAUUCUGGUGACGGUGUUACCCAUACAGUUCCUAUAUUUGAAGGAUUUGCAUUACCUCAUGCUAUAAAAAAAAAUGAGUUAGCUGGUAGAGAUCUUACUGAAUACUUAAUGAAACUGAUGUAUGAAGUUGGUUUGAAUUUUUAUUCUUCAGCUGAGAGGGAAAUAAUAAGAGACAUUAAAGAAAAAUGUUGUUAUGUAGCACUCGAUUAUGAAGCAGAAUUAAAGGCUUACUAAAAUAAUUCUUCUAAACAUAAAUAAUAUGAAUUACCUGAUGGAAAUAUGGUCACAGUUUAGGAUUAAAGAUUUAGAGUCCCUGAGUUACUUUUCAAACCUCACUUUAUUGGUAAAGAAUAUAAAGGAAUAAGUGAACUAGCAUUUGACUCCAUUAUGAGCUGUGAUAUCGAUGUUAGAAGAGAUCUUUAUGAAAAUAUUGUUUUAUCUGGAGGUACAACUAUGUUUGAUGGUAUAGCAGAAAGAAUAUCCAAGGAUAUUAGUGCUCUUGCUCCACCUGGUAUUAAAGUUAGAGUAGUAGCUCCACCAGAAAGAAAAUACUCAGUUUUUAUUGGUGGAUCAAUCUUAUCAUCCCUUUCAUCUUUCUAAUCUUCUUGGGUUACUAGGGCUGAAUAUGAUGAAGUAGGUCCAACAAUUGUUCACAGAAAAUGUUUUUGA